AGGGAAUGCUGGGUAAAUCACUUUGGAGUACGCCAUUUUGGACAAAAUUUCUAUGAUUCCCGCCCGUUUUUGCGGUUUUAAUAGGAUUCUAAGGCAUCCCUAGACUAUUUAUCGCCGUGCAUGUGUUGCGUAGUUGACCCUGGUGUAAUAAAAUCCAAACUUAUUUGUGUCAGCAAUCUUGCAAGACGUCAUGACGUGAAUAUUUAUGAACUUCAAUUUGGAAUGAUCGAAACGAUUUGAAAAAAUAUUUUCAAGCUGAAAUAAACCAUCCAUAGCAAGAUGUUUUGGAAGUUCAAUUUGAUGACCACGUCGCACAUUGACACCUUGCUGGACAAGGAAGGUGUGACGCUGCAUGAGUUAAUGGAUGAAGAUGAUAUUCUACAAGAAUGCAAAGCGCAGAACCGAAAACUCAUCAGUUUUCUGGUGGUGCAGGAGAAUAUGUCCGAGCUGGUGAGGCUGAUUACCGAGGAGCCAGGUGAUGAUACAGAGGAAAAACUAAGAUACAAGUAUCCAAACACAGCAUGCGAGCUACUGACGUCUGACGUGCAAAUGAUCAAUGAUGCUCUUGCAGAUGAGGAUGAGGUUCACAUCAAAAAGCUUUAUGCCUUUCUCGACACAGAGAAGACACUGAAUCCUCUCCUAGCAAGCUUCUUCAGCAAGGUUAUGGGGCUGCUGAUCGCCAGAAAGAGUGAAAUGACCUUGAAGUUCCUACAAGAGAGAGAGGACUUUGUCGGUGUAAUGCUGCGUCAUAUCGGAACGUCGGCCAUUAUGGACCUACUUUUGAGGUUGCUGACAUGUAUUGAAUCCCCAGAAGUGAAAAAAGCCAUGAUCGAUUGGCUGAACAAAGAAAAGAUUGUACAGAGGCUGGUCACCUGUAUCACACCGUCAUAUGAUGAAGACAUUCACAGCAAUGCGGCCCAGAGUCUUACAGAUAUCAUCCGUCUUGGUAGAGAGCAGAUUGUGCAGUUGCAGGAUCACGCUGAACUGCUCAACACAGUAGAACAGGAGGAGAAUGUUUGUCAGUUGUUGGAGAACAUGUUAACAGGAGAGAAAAAUGAGUCUGUGAUUGUAAAUGGCCUCUCUGUCAUACAAACACUACUGGAGUUCAAGAAACAGAGUUCUUUUUUCAGCCCCGAUGAUUCCGCAGAACAGAUGACCACGAUGGACCCUGAGCAAAUGUUUACCGGCAUCCACAAUGUCCUUACUGCGAUAUGUCCUCGCCUUAAAGACUUCCAUGCCAUUCUGUUGGAGCCACCAAAGCAAAGGUUCAGUUUUAUGCCGACGACAGUGGGUACAUUAGACCCCCCUCUAGGAAACACACGACUACAAACAAGCCGGCUGAUAGCUUCACUUCUCCUUACAAAUACACACUCCAUUAACGCAGAACUCACUCGCCUAGGGACCAUUAGUGUUUUAUUAGAUUUAUAUUUUAAGUAUAUCUGGAAUAAUUUCUUACACUCGCACGUGACGCAGUGUAUAUACACAAUACUCUGUAACAGUCCUAUAGAUGUAGAGGGCUCCAAAGAGCAUCCACUUUUAAAUCAAUUAUUCACAGAAGGCAAAAUAAUGGAGCGGAUUUUAGACGAGUGGAACACAAAUGAGGAAGAACAGGGAAAAGAGAGAGGUAGACGGAAAGGCUUUAUGGGACAUUUAACACGUAUGGCCAAUGAUAUAGUUAAUGCUCAGGAAAAAGGCGAAAAUACGGAGACUGUCAAAGCUUUAGUUAGUGAAUUACCAGAUGCGAUAAAAGAGCGGUGGGAGGCGUUUUUAACUGGCUUGUUAACAGAUACCAACAAAAAGAACACUGUUGAGCUGGUGCAAGGUCAUAAUCUAGCCUCGUCUAGCGAGGACGAUGACGCAGACUUCAGCAACAUUCCUUUCCCGCAGGAUACCGCCAUGCAACAGGCCUUCUCUGAUUAUCAGCUGCAACAAAUGACGUCCAACUUUAUUGACCAGUUCGGCUUCAAUGAGGAGGAGUUCGGUGAACACGAGGAAAAGACCGAUUCCCCAUUCACAGAUAGAAUAUCCAGUAUAGACUUCAGCAAUGUUAGUGAAGACUUGAAUCGUCCCAGUGCCACACGGUUUGAACAGUAUUGCAAUGAGCGGCUUCAACAGUUUGACAAUGACAGCGACGAGGAUAUCUGGGAAGAAAAGGAGAUCACGUUUUCUCCAAACACACAACAACAGUCCCGUUCCGAACGGUUACCUGUAACUCGAGGGAGUAGUAACGAUAGUGAUAACAGCACAGAUAGUGAGGAAGAGUUGGACUCUCCCAAACGUAUUACAGAACAGACCAACCCCGCGGAGAAAAUGGAUGUCGACUCGCAUGAAGCAGGCUGGGCAAACUUUGAACAACAAACGUCACCAAGUGGUGCUAGCGGUGGCGAAACUGGUCAAGUUGCCAUGGAUACAUCUCCAUGGGAUUCCAACUCCGGUGAAACCAAACCAGCGUCCACUGAUAACUGGGCAGAUUUUGGUGCCGCCAAUUCUUCGGAAAGCAAUAAGACUAAUUGGACCGAGUUAACAGGGAAAGUGCCAGAGGAGAAAUCUAAAGAGACAUGGGCAGAUUUCACAAAUUUUGAUAGUAUUGAAAAAAGGGUUGAGAGUGAACCUCGUAGUAGCUCGCCCGUCGCCAUGGACACAACAGAACCAAGCUCAAGAACAAACGCCUAUUUGGCAAGUGAAAACAAAGUGGAAUCAGACUUGAAACUUGAAAGUGUAGAUACAAGUAUAGACAAUGACAUUGGCACGGAUGUUGAUAAACUCGUGGAAAAAUCCAGCCCCGAAAUAGACUCUAGUGUAAAAACCGAGCAAUCAAGUGUGUCCGGGUCCGCAUUGGAAUCCGCGGAGCCAGAUUCGACAACUGGCGAAAGGGUAGAAUCCGGUGAAAGUGUGUCCCAGUCAGGAGUGGAGUCAACAACAAGUGAUACAGAUAGCAGUCAACAAGCGACUGUAUCAGAGAGUCCCCCAGAGCUUCCAGAUAGCCCUCCCCCAGAUAACACUUCAGCCUCACUCCCAUCCCCCAGUCCAGGCGUCACUACACCUGCCUCUCCCAGGGUCAGCCCAGCCACCACUUCCCCUCAGCUGUCCCCUCGUGAUGUGCAGACCCCGCCCACUUCCUGCCAGUCUACCAACAGUGUGGACACGCCCACUAGUCCAAGAGACACGCCCCCUAAGUCUGGGGACACACCCCCAGACGCUCAGGCCCAGGGUGACAGGUGUAAAGCUGAAGGUUUGCCCGAUGAUGAUGAUGAUGAUGAUGAUGUCGAUGAUCUAAGUUCUAACUUUAACUUCUUAUCAAAGACGGGACUGAUGAAGCCUGGGAGUAAUUGUACGCCACUAGCGGGGGACAUUCAGGGAAACGGACCAACGAAAGAGCUGCCUGACAGCACAACUGAUAAACUCGAGGAAAUCAGGUCACAAGCCAAAGAAGCUUUGGAAUCGUACGAUUCAGCUACUACUGUCCCUUCAACUGGUGCCAAUGUCCAGAAUGGGCCGGUGUGAUAUUGACCUCCCGCACUCAUGUAUGUGCUAAUUUCCCCGUAUCAGUCCAUCUGUGAUUAUAAGGCAGCUCUUCGUAUAUGAUGUCUGUCGAUAAAACGUACGCAUCCGUAAGCCGCAGGUGUGUUAAUUGCAGAAGAAAAAGGGUUUACCAUCACUACUAGACUUGUCUACCUUAUGCGGAAUUGCGAUUUUAGAAAUUGAGUCUGAUUGAUGGUUAUACAUUGCAAUUAAUAAUAGAUUAAGUGUGGUGUUAAACAUUUGCAUUUCAAUACAACAGGCCUGAAAUAAGCCUUUUGGGAUUGCUACACCCACAGGUGGGGUAGGGAUAAAAUAGUUUUAACAAUGCUUAAAAAUUGUUCACACAUUGUGUUAAAAGCUUAGGAACUGUUUUCACGCUAUGUAUAAGUCAAAUCAAAUUUUAACAAGUCAAGUCCUUUGUAAAUGGCUUUAUGACUAUGACAAAUUUGUUAUUUGGUUUUAAAUGUUGAAUGUCUUUAAAUUAAACAUACUAAGAAUGAAUUGAAAUAGUUCAUGAAGUUAGUUCUGAUCUCUUUCAUCUUUUUAUGAGGCUAAGCCUAAAUAAAUCACUUUUCUGAAACAUUUGGUGCUUGACACUAUAAACUUGGUGUGAUUUUAGUUUUUAUCCCUUUUUGAACAAUGCAAAUUGAAUAAACCUGCUUCAUAGUCGUGUUUGACAUUUUAAUAUUACCUCUACUAGUUAUAGUUAUGCUUCUUUCAUAAUGUAGAGUUUAUCCUCAGACUAAUAGUCAUAAUAUAGUGGUGAAGUUUUGCACAGACUUCGUAAAGAUAUCGAUGUUGAAAUAACUGCAAAAAGAAAAAUAUAUGCAUUUGAUAAUUUAAAUGUAUCUAGCAGAACUGACUUUAAAGCUCAGAAUUCACUUGAAUUCUAUGCAAAUUAAGGUAUUUUUUUUAUUAAAAAUGCUAUGUAUUUAUUGUAAAAAUGUCUGAAAUUCAAAAUUUAACAACAAAAAUUCAUGACUUACAAAUCAUUAAAUACCAUGUGAUACUGUUCAUUGUGUUGAUGUGUUCGUAUUGAAUUAACCCGAUGUUUUUUUUUAAAUGGUCAUUUGAGGGCCAGUUUUGUUGAAUAAUAAUUGCUCCCACUUGGUAAAUGGGGGCACAUGUUUUAAGAUACUCAUUUUAACAGUAUGACAAUUAGAGCUUGCCUUGGUUAAAUUAUAUAUAUUAAAAAAAGUAUUUAUUUUAUAUCAUUUUUCAUCUGUAUUCACAUCUGAAAUAAGCGUAACCUUAAUUUGUGAUUAAAAUGGAUUUUUGAUGAAUCUGUUUUUACAGUAUAUGUUGUCAAAAAUUUAAAAUAACAACUGUGAUCUUUGUAUGAUUGUCUAAGUAAGCAACUAUGUUAAUGGAACUAAUAAUUGUGUUGCGUAUCAUUUAAAUUCAUAUUUGUUUGCACAGAAAAAUAAUUGUUGUGUUUGCAAAUAAGUCGUGGAGAAAUGGAUUGCAUUGGAAGUUGGCCUAUCAAUGAUAUUUGUAUAUCAACAUCAUUAGAAAAAAUAUCAAGAUCAAGGUUACUUUGAAUUCUCUACAACGGGCAAAUUAUUGGCUUUAGAAAUUAAAAGGACCUGUAAUUUGUUUGUUGAUUUUGGGAUUGAAACUUGAGUCUUUAUUUAUGAUUCGUUUUUAUUGAAGUAAUGCCAUAAAAAUUAAAUCCAACAUCUUUUACCAUGGUUGUGAAUGGACGAGUAGUUCAGACCGGGUCAGAAUAUGAGUUUUGAAAAUAAAAAAGGAUUGCAUAAAUCAACUUUAACAUAAAUAUUGAUUUUCUAAUAAGCCUAAAUAAGGUAAAUUGACCCAUAAAAGACUGCUUCCUGUAUUCGUGAAAAAGGGCCAUGCCUCCUGUAUUCAUGAAAUAAAGGGGCCAUGCUUCCUGUAUUUGUGGAAAAGGGCCAUGCCUCCUGUAUUUGUGGAAAAGGCCAUGCCUCCUGUAUUCAUGAAAUAAAGGGGCCAUGCUUCCUGUAUUUAUGGAAAAGGGCCAUGCCUCCUGUAUUCAUGAAAUAAAGGGGUCAUGCUUCCUGUAUUUGUGAAAAAGGGCCCAAGCUUUCUGUAUUUGUGAAAUAAAGGGGACAUGAUUCCUGUACUAAUGAAAAAGGGGCCAUGCUUCCUGUAUUGGUGAAAAAAGGGCCAUACUUCAUUUAUUCAUGAAAUAAAAGGGCCAUUCCUCCUGUAUACAUGUAAUAAAGGGGCCAUGCUUCCUGUAUACAUGAAAUAAAGGGGCCAUGCUUCCUAAAUACAUGAAAUAAAGGGGUCAUGCUUCCUGUAUAGUAUACAUGUAAUAAAGGGGCCAUGCUUCCUGUAUUCAUGAAAUAAAUGGGCCAUGCUUCCUGUAUACAUGAAAUUAAGGGGCCAUCUUAUUAUGGAGGUAGAGAAAAAGAUUGUUAGAUCAAGAAAUGUUUUAAACAAGAAGGCAAUUGCUUUCAGUGUAGAAAGUAGGACUGCUCGAGGUGAUGUCACUUUGUCUUGACCAAAGUUUUUAGCUAGGUUGAACUUCAGCCAUUGUUUAGCACAAAGGGGGACUAUGCAUGAUACAUGUCAGGUGUUGUUUUAUUCUUUUAGAACAUGGUUGGUCUUUCGUACCUUUUAAAGCAUACAGCAAUCCUUUGUUCUAUUUUAUUUCAUUUUUUGAAAUGCAAGAUACCAGUUAAAUUCCAACUAUUGACAUAGUAAUUCUAUGUUAUGUAAUUACUAUGGCAAUGUACCAGUAUGUGCUAACUAGGCAUAAAUAUAAUUCUUUCAUUUCGGAUGAUAAUCAUAUAUCAUAUCCUAAUAGUAUCUCAUUUUUAACAUUUUUGAAAUUAAACCUUGUUGAAACUUUUGUAAAUGUUCUUGUUAUCCAUUGUUUGUUGAUGUUAUGAUGAAUAAUAUAUUGUAUAGAUUUUGCUUGAAAUGUGUUUUAAAACUUAUGUUCCAUUGUUUGACUUUUAUAAUGUAAAAAGUUGUAAGAAUGUAUGGAAGGACAUGUACAUGAAAUGUGUCAUGGUAUAAAAUUAAAAGCAAACCUGUUGUAUUUAUUACUAAACACUGUAAAUAUGUAGUAUGUUCAUGUGAAAAUCAAAUUGAAAAUGUAUUAUAAGAGUGUUAUAUUUUGUCUCAUCAAUAGAUUUCCACAUAAUUAAUUAAUCUACCUGUAUCAUGAACAGAAUAUUAAAUGAUGAAGAAUUA